CCAUGUGUAAGAUGAACAUCCUGAAGGCCCUGGGCAUCGCCCUGAACGCCGACUGCCUGGACGACCUCCCCCUGGACUACGACCUGGCUCUGGGCGGCGGGGUCGGGGCUCUGGCCCUGGAGGCCGUGGUGUCUGGAGCGUCGAGCGACGGCACUCUGAGCGAGGGCGGGUCUUCGGUGGUUCUGGACCCUGGCAUUCGGCGGAUGGGACUCCCACAGGACUACCAGGACCCCGACACCCUGAGGGACAGUCCUCUGACGGCCAUCACAGACACCCUGACAG